AUGAGCGGCGAGGCGGCGGCCGGCGGCGGCGGGGAGGCGAACGGCGUACAGCCGAACGUGACCAUCUACAUCAAUAACCUCAACGAGAAGAUCAAACUCGAAGCGCUUAAGAAGUCCCUCAAUGCCGUUUUCUCCCAGUUUGGGAAAAUCAUUGAGGUGCUUGCUUUUAAGACUUUGAAGCAUAAAGGGCAAGCAUGGGUUGUGUUCGAAGAUGUUGCAUCAGCAACUGAGGCUUUGAAGAGGAUGCAAGAUUUUCCCUUCUAUGACAAACCCAUGAAAAUUCAAUAUGCCAAGACCAAGUCAGAUGUUAUAGCAAAAGCUGAUGGCACCUUUGUACCCCGAGAAAAAAGGAAGAGGAAUGAUGAGAAACCUGAAAAGAAGCAGAAGCGUGAGCAGCACCACGAUGUUAACCAGGCUGGCGUGGGCAUGCAUGCCUAUCCUGGUGCUUAUGGGGCUCCGCCGCUCUCUCAGCUACCUUUUGGUGCGGGACCGAAGGUCAUGAUGCCAGAGAUUAUUGUACCAAACAACAUUCUCUUCGUCCAAGAACUCCCACACGAUGCAACGGCUUUGAUGCUGCAGAUGUUCUUCUGCCAGUACCCUGGGUUCAAGGAAGUGCGGAUGAUCGAAGCAAAGCCUGGUAUCGCUUUCGUGGAGUAUGGAGACGAGGGGCAGGCGACCGCAGCCAUGAACCUUCUUCAGGGUUUCAAAAUCAAAGAGAACCCAAUGCGCAUCACAUAUGCGAAGAAGUAA